AUGCACCACCAAAGGGACCCGAUGAUGGCAUACCUGCAAGAAGAAAACGAGUCGCGCAAUGAGGGUCUUAGAUCCCACAGAAAUAUGCAGCUCGUCUUCAUCAUCUGCAGAGGCACAUCCGGCAGCGACGAGAAGAUCUCCGCAACCAAGAUCCAGCCCUUGGACUCGGAGGUUAAAGCGAAUCUACCUCACGACCAGAGCUCUGGCGGUGCAGCUGGCCACAAAUCGAAGCAUCAAUCAGAGUCGGAUUGA